AUGUUGCAAUCCAAAGAGAACCGAGACACUACACUGACAUCCUCCAGCCUUGCACAACGAGAAAGGAUUGCUCCCGUCCUCAGUAAUGCCAAACACAAAGAGAUGCCAGAUUAUUCCCACCGCGGAAAACAGCCAAGCUGGAGAUAUCCUGAAAGCUCGCUUACAUUUAUGGAAAGACGCAGGGCUUCUGAAAGGGAUGCAACUCGCAAAACACAAACUCCUCUGCCUAACAGAGGGCAAGACGAGGUGAAAACAGACCGGCACGUUUCUAACAGAAAGCAGAGAGGGCAGCGGCGGCGGCUCCCCCGGACUGUCAAGGUUACCCCUAAACCACCAGUUGGAAGCAGCCCAGCAGACCCCUCUGAACGCUCCUGGCCGGCUGUACGCCGCCCUUCACCCCUCGGAGCAACUCACCGGGGGGAACCCGGGGAGCCCCACCGCCGGCGCUGCGCAGGUUUUGGGGUGUGCUCCGAGAGCCGAGCCUGCCGGGCUCCCCCCCGGGGAUCCCCCAGCGCGCCGCGGCCGCCCCCCGCUCACCUUCGUGCCGGCUGGGCUCGGCUCGGCUGGGGCCCGCCGCCCUCCUCGCCGCGGCCGGGUGCCGCGCCACCCCGCACGGAUCUCCCGCGGCGGCAGCCGCCGCGCUGCCAGCGCCGAGGCGUGAGGGCGGCCCCACGUGCGCCGGCUGCGCCAAUCCGCGCCGCCCGCCGACCGACGGACCCCCGCCGACCGACAGACGGAACCCCGCCGGCCGGCAGGCACCCGUCCUCGUCCCCGUCCUCGGCAGCGGCCCCGGCCCCGGCCCGGGCCGGCCUCGAACCGGCGGCGCGGCGGGCGCUGCGCGGUGGAGGUGGCGGCCGCGGGGACAGGAAGCGGCUCCGGGCCACGGGAGGAAACCAACGCGCCGGGACCAGAGUUUGGGACCUGCUGGCGGGGAGGGGACAAAGGAGCCCCGCUGGGCAACGUCAGGGCCGAGCCCCGGCUGCUGGAGUUCGGGCGGACAAAGCUGCGGAGCGGAGUUACUCGCUAAAGCCGCCUUCUUUACCGAAAAACUCGGUAAAGCAGCCUUUUAGCGCUCUCGUGAGUUUUGCAGGAAAACUGGAGCGCGCUCGCUCUCUGUCACAGAGUACCGGCCCCAAGGUGGAACAACAGCACGGAAAGAAACACCGACGGGGAACCUUCCGUCGGGAAAGUAUGGGCGCGACUACUCAGGCUCACACUGGGACCCUGAAGGCAGCACCAUCACGUUCUGCUGGAGCAUCAGACCCCGGCCCGCAGCCAGAGAUCGAGGCUGGAAACAAAGUUUGUCGCCACACGCUCCGCUCCUGGUGCUAUACGGUGUCCGGCCCCAUGCCACAGAGCUGGGACUGCUGCCACUCUUCACUUUGGCAGCACUGAGAACCUAGUGUUUAAAGACAAUGCUGUGCCCAGUAUGAAAAUAAACACUCUCGAUGUAUCAAAAUAUUUUGGUGCUGCAUUUUGCAAUGUUUAUAACACUGCAUUUUUGUGUGAUUGUCAACGUGAACUGUAGUUAGUACAGUUUCCGCUUAUUACAGAAAAUGUAAUA